AUGCCCCCAUCAACUGACAACAAAGAUGAGGUGGCCGAGAAGGGAGAGGAGCUACCAAGGCUGGCAGGGAAGGGGGGCCUAAAAGGACUACAAUCCGAAAUUUGCAAAGACAUUAAAGCAGGGUUGGUCCCAUUGUUUCUCUGCGCCACUGUGGGGACUACUUCCACAACUGCCGUUGAUCCACUGGGGUCGUUAUGCAACGUGGCAAAAGGUUAUGGCAUAUGGGUCCAUGUGGAUGCUGCUUAUGCUGGAAAUGCAUGCAUUUGUCCGGAGUUCCGGCAUUUCAUGGAUGGUGUUGAGGGUGCGAACUCAUUUAGUCUCAAUGCACAUAAAUGGUUCUUAACCACUUUAGAUUGUUGCUGCCUUUGGGUAAAAGAUCCGAGUGCCUUGGUAAAAUCACUCUCAACCAACCCUGAGUUCUUGAGGAAUAAAGCCACCGAUUCAAAGCAAGUGGUGGAUUAUAAAGACUGGCAGAUAGCCCUAAGCCGAAGAUUCCGGGCCUUGAAACUCUGGUUUGUGCUCAGAAGCUAUGGCGUGGCUAACCUUAGGAACUUCAUUAGAAGUCAUGUUGAAAUGGCCAAGCUUUUUGAAGGGCUUGUAGCAAUGGACAAAAGGUUUGAAAUCGUGGCCCCUAGAUAUUUUGCUAUGGUUUGUUUUAGGGUUUCGCCAAUAGCAAUGGAAGAAGAAAGUUCAAAUGAGGUUAACCAGAAGUUAUUGGAGUCGAUUAACAUGUCAGGCCGAGUUUACAUGACGCAUGCAAUGGUUGGGAAUUUGUACGUUAUACGGUUUGCCGUCGGCGCGACUCUUGUAGAGGAACGACACGUUAUCAUGGCUUGGAAAGUGGUGCAGGACCAUGCAACUGCCAUACUAAGCACCAACUAAAACUAAGCUUCUGUUAUCAUGCCGGACAACAUUUGACAGACCAGUGAAAGAAGGAAAUGAGUAGUGGGUUGUU